UUCAGUUUCAUUUAAACAGCCUUAAAGGCAACUUAAACGAAAGUAAAUACUACAAAUGUUCAGACUAAAACUGGCAAUAUUAACUCUUGUGGGGGUUAUAUAUUUCUCGUCAUCUGCUAAGGGACAGGGGCAACCAGUAUCAAAACGACUAGUAUGUUAUUACGAUGCUGUUAGUCCUAUAAAACCAGAAUCUACCUACAAUUUUGAAAAAUACUUUUCGAAAGCUCUUGCCAACUGCAGUCAUCUGGUCUAUAGUUACGCUCAAAUUCUACCACAAACCUUCGAAGUAGGGAAAAUAAGAUUGGAUCCAAAACCCAGCGAUUUGAAAGCACAAUUUCCCCAUUUAAAGAUAUUCUUAAGUGUGGGUGGUGAUAAAACGGAAUUAUCUCCACAAUAUUUACAAUUCUUGGAAGCUGGCAUUGUCAGACAAGAACAUUUCAAUGAAAAUGUGAGAACCUUCUUAAAACUCAAUCAUUUUGAUGGUUUGGACUUGUCAUUUCCAUUGCCACACAAUAAACCACGACAAGUUCAUACAGGUUGGGGUAGAUUAGUCAAAAAUGUGAAGAAAAUUUUUACUGGUGAUGAAGUUAUUGAUGAGAAAGCGCCGAAUCAUAAGCGGCAAUAUACGGACUUUGUUAAGGGUUUAAAGAACGACCUUGUGAAGGUGAAUAUACAGUUAUCGAUGACGGUAUUGCCAAAUGUUAAUUCGUCGUGGUACUUUGACAUCUUUAAAAUUCACAAUGACUUCGAAUUCAUCAACCUCUUCGCAUUUGAUUUUCUUACACCCGAUCGAAAUCCCGAGGAGGCUGACUAUACUGCACCUAUUUACUUCAAAGACGGUGCCGAUCGUUUACCUCACUACAAUAUUGAAUAUCAAGUCGAUCAUUGGAUAAACAAUGGCUGUCCAGCAAAUAAACUUAAUCUCGGUAUAGCAACAUAUGGUCGUGCCUGGAGGCUGACUACUGAUUCCGGGUUAUCUGGUGUUCCAGUAGUCGAAAGCACUGAUGGUGCUGCUGAUCAAGGAAAAAUAUCUCAAAUGCCUGGCCUUCUUAGUUGGCCCGAAAUUUGCAUAAAAUUGCGUACUAAAGGCCUAUUACAGAAGGUAGUAGAUCAAGAGCAUAAGUAUGGCAAUUAUGCCUUCCGACCGGCUGAUAACAUUGGCAACAAUGGUAUUUGGAUAAGUUUCGAUGAUCCCGAGUUUGCUGGCUUUAAAGCGGAGUACGCUAAACAGCGUGGCUUGGGCGGGGUGACUUUGUUUGAUUUGCAACAUGAUGAUUAUCAACGAUUUUGCAUGGGUCCCCCAUUUCCGAUAUUAACUCGCAUAAGCCAGGUUUUGGGAAUAUUACAUCAAAAGUACAAGCAUACUGUACCCAUCAAUAAUAACGUUAUUCCCGAAUAUUUUUUAAAUAAACAGUUUCCUUAGUUUUCCAACGAAUAUGUUAUAGUUUUUAAGACAAAUUUCUACUUUAUAUGUAUUUUAAUAAAACGUCCUAUAUUUUAUAUAUUCCUAGACUUGGAA